UUAAAAUAGUCAUAUUGCAUUAGAGUACAGUUAUGCGAUAUGUUUUCCUGGGGUGGGGCAGUAUAAAUCUCGUACAUCUCCCGCCACCUCGGGUGCAAGGUGUUCGUUAUCACUGACUAGACAUACACUGACCUUUUGUUUUGUAACUUUGAUUACAUACCACUGAGUGUCCUCACUUGUAAUAUACCAACCAUGGCUACAUCAUAUACUCCAACAAAGCUCACAAGUAGCCCAUCCGCCUCGGCUUGUGAAAUAUCCAGCCCAACUUCUCUACCAAAACCCACCACAAGUCCCUUUGGGUCAGAGAAAAUUUCUCAAGGGUUACACGGAAAUAUCAAAUCAAGCUCACAAAUGCUUCCAUUUAUGGGAUCUUCCUGUUCACCUACCAUAGGAAGUAUUCACCAGCUGCAUAAUAGAUCCUUGCUGCUAGAAACAGCCUUACCACCUCGACACGGCAUUCUUGCAAACAGUCCCACCUUUGACAGCGUUGAAUACCGCGGAAAAUUUGAAGCGGUUGAUUCGGCGGAUUUGUCGCCUGAAAUUGUCGACAAUACCGACACCAUCUUCCUUGAUAUCAGACCCUAUACUACAUUUGUAAAAUCUAGGAUCAGAAAGUCAUUGAACCUCUGCAUUCCCACCACCCUUCUCAAACGAGCCUCGUUCCGAAUGCGAAGUAUCUUGGGGUCUAUGACCGUGCCCCACCAAACCAUUUUCCUUGAACACAUUACACAGCCCGUUCUGCACCCUCUAACGAUUAUUGUGUAUGACGAAUCCUCAACCAGCUCAUUCAUCUCCCUACCGUUGUAUAAUACUAUCUUGAAAAUAUUUAACUACGUGUAUCACGAUGAAAAGGUCCCUGAAAUGAAUGUAACCCGUCCUAUUAGACUCAAGUACGUGAACGGCGGAAUCCAACCACUACUUACUAUGCCGGGGCAUCCAAUUAUUGAUGCUGAACUCAUUCAGAAACCAAAAUGCACUGCGAACUUACUCGAGGAUGCUACCAUGCUACUCUCUCAGAACUCUCCUACAUCUGCAACCGCCCCGGGUCCCUUAUCCGGAUUUUCCCUUCCUUCUUCUGCUCCUUUUGCUUCUGCCUUUGCAUCGUCCAUGAAGAAGAAUAAGCCAGCCUUGCCUUCACCCACCCAUCGCACCUCGACAGUCGCAGAAAUGGGCCCAGAGAAAGGAAGAUUAGGUAGCUUGAAAAUCCCGGAAGCCUUCCUUGGGAAGAAGCUUAGUGUCUUGCCACCAUGGUUGAAGGAGAUUGUUACUGCUCAAAGGAAUUCUGACAGGGUUCUUGAGAAGUUUGUGAGGAUAGAGCAGAGCGAAACGGUGAGACUUGAAACUGUUGUAAAGCAAGAAUAUUCCCAAAGCCACGUCUCCGAAGUGUGUUCUCCUUCUGCCCCAUGCCCUUCCUGUGAUAAUACAACGUAUGCAUUGCCAAAGGGGAUUGAAUUCGGCUUUAAGAACAGGUACACCAAUAUUUGGCCCUACGAACACUCCAGAGUUGUUGUUUUAGACUCACCUAAAGCGACGAGCAAGGCUCCCGGAGAUAAUCAUUUAUUGCCUCUUGGCUUCCAAGAUACCUCUAUUUCUAAAAUCUCCCCUUCUCAGACGGAAGAUGACUACCUCAAUGCCAACUAUGUGUAUGUUCCGAGCACUUCUUCCAAUCACUACAUUGCGACGCAGGCUCCACUCCCUGCCACUUUUGAAAACUUUUGGAGGGCAAUUUGGCACAACAAUACGGAGAUGAUUAUUUGCCUCACUGAUUUGAAAGAGAAUGGCGUUAAAAAGUCCGAUAACUAUUGGCGGUCUCACCACUACGAGGCCAGUGGCAUCACAGUUGCCGAAGAAUCUGUCUACGAGGACGACGAUGUUGAAGGCAAUGUCACUGUGCGGAAAUUAAAAAUCACUAAACGGAACCGUUCAAGACAUCUUUACCAGUUGGUAUUUAAAGAUUGGCCAGACUUCGGUGUCCCCCCAUCGGCGAAGAAUAUUUUGAAGUUGGUCAGAUUGAAAGACUCGCUUGCCAAGUCUCACAAGAAAAUCGGGGCCCCGAUUGUGGUCCACUGUUCGGCUGGCUGUGGAAGAACGGGUACCUUUAUUACCGUGGAUAUGGUUUUGCAAUGUUUCCAAACCCACUCAAAAAGCACGAAUUCAACUGCCGUUGAAAACUCUCCAACCUCUGUUUAUACCCAAUCCACUGGUGAUUCUGAUGAUUCGUCUAUCGAUCCCUUGAAUGGCCCAUCUUGUCCGACGUGUUACAAAGAAUUCCCUGUUGCUACCCCUUCUGCUAUUGCGGACAGUGGAGAGCAACAACUCGAAUGUGAAGCAACAAGUGCUGACAAUACCUUGGACGCGUGGGGAGAAACUGAUUUAAUCUACAAGACAGUACAUUCGUUGAGACGCCAGAGAAUCUCUAUGGUUCAGAGCGUGUCACAGUACGCGUUGUGCUACGAGGUGGUGUUGCAAUAUUUGUUGGACACUAAUUUGUGAAUUUGCGUUCCCUUAUUUAGUACACCUGUUUGCUUUAUCUUGAAUCAGACUGUAUAAUCAAAUGGUUGGAAAGCCUAAAAACGGCAGGGGAUACGCUCAGGACUUCACUUCGGUGGUGGCAGAGAAUGCAUUGGGUAUACAACCCUCCACACUUAUAACGUCACGUACUUGUAGUUAACCUUGCAACUAUGCUCGGCAUGUUAUGUUUAUGUUCCUUAGUAGACACAACCAACACCAACAUAUGCAACAAUAUUGUUUGGUGUCCGAGCGCGACCUUAAUCCCCUCCGAUUACGCUUAAAUUUCCAUAAGAAAUAUUUGUUGUGUUAUCUAUUUCCAGCUACGAGCUUUCUCGGUUGCUUCUGCGCCAAGUGGCAUCAAUAUAUUCCCCCGGAAUUUGGUCAAGCAC